AACGAUGACGUCAUGUGCUGAAACAUAAGCUGUUUUCACCUUGUUCCGCUGCAAUAGCAUUUCGCGGGUACAGGUGAAAAAUAUAUAAAAUAAAAGGAUAUAUUGGUGUUUCGAUUACCUAAUAAAAUAGAAGAUUCACAAUGGAUUCUGAAGAGGAAACAUAUGAUGAUGUCGAUUCUGGCAAUGAAUCUAGUGGAGAUGAUGUGGAUUUUGCAAUGGAAAUAGAAGUUGGAAAUCCAAGAGAACGGGCAACAGAUGUUGAUGAUUACCCUUUUGAAGUUCUAUCAACAGAAGAAAUAGUGCAACAUAUGGUUGAUUCUAUAAAAGAAGUCAACACAGUUGUUGAAAUACCAGCAACAACCACGCGUAUACUAUUAAAUCAUUUCAAAUGGGAUAAAGAAAAAUUAAUGGAGCGUUUUUAUGAUGGUGAUCAAGAAAAAUUAUUUGCGGAAGCACGUGUUGUUAAUCCAUUUAGUAAGGAUCCAUUAAUUAAUAGAAGUCGAUCUUUUCAAAGCUCUCUGUCUAGAAGAACGUCAAAUGGUACAGAAGAAUGUGGAAUUUGUUUUACAAUUCAACCAUCAGCAAUGAUGACUGGACUUGAGUGUGGACAUCGUUUUUGUACUGGCUGUUGGGGAGAAUAUCUCACAACCAAAAUUAUGGAAGAAGGAGUUGGACAAACAAUUGCAUGUGCUGCACAUGCUUGUGACAUUUUAGUUGAUGAUGCCAGUGUUAUGCGUCUUGUAAAAGAUUCUAAAGUGAAAUUGAAAUAUCAACAUUUAAUAACAAAUAGUUUCGUUGAAUGUAAUAGGUUAUUGAGGUGGUGCCCAUCUCCAGAUUGUAAUAAUGCUAUAAAAGUACAGUAUGUAGAAGCAAGACCAGUAACCUGUAAAUGUGGACAUACAUUUUGUUUCCAUUGUGGUGAAAAUUGGCACGAUCCUGUAAAAUGUCACUUGCUGCGUAAAUGGAUUAAAAAAUGCGAUGAUGAUUCUGAAACAUCAAAUUGGAUUGCUGCAAAUACAAAAGAAUGUCCAAAAUGCAAUGUCACCAUUGAAAAGGAUGGUGGAUGUAACCAUAUGGUAUGCAAAAAUCAAAAUUGCAAAACUGACUUUUGUUGGGUGUGUCUUGGACCUUGGGAACCACAUGGUUCUAGCUGGUAUAAUUGUAACCGUUAUGAUGAAGAAGAGGCUAAAGCAGCAAGAGAUGCUCAAGAAAAAUCACGAUCUGUAUUACAGAGAUACUUAUUUUAUUGUAAUAGAUAUAUGAAUCAUAUGCAAUCAUUAAAAUUUGAGAGUAAGCUGUAUGCAAGUGUAAAAGAAAAGAUGGAAGAGAUGCAACAACAUAACAUGUCAUGGAUUGAGGUACAAUUUUUAAAGAAAGCAGUAGACAUUUUGUGUUCCUGUAGACAGACUCUUAUGUAUACUUAUGUUUUUGCUUAUUACGUGCGAAAGAAUAACCAGUCUGUGAUUUUUGAAGACAACCAGAAAGAUCUAGAAGGCACAACAGAACGUCUUUCUGAAUAUCUUGAAAGAGACAUAACAAGUGAAAAUCUUGCUGAUAUUAAACAAAAGGUUCAAGAUAAAUAUAGAUAUUGCGAUAGUCGGAGGAAAGUGCUUUUGGAACAUGUACAUGAAGGUUAUGAAAAGGAUUGGUGGGAUUAUGUGGAAUAGAGAUUUAAACCAGCUUCGUUUUUCGGGCGUGCAAGACAAGUUUUUUUGUCACUUUUGCCCCAGCUGUGAUAAACCAAGAAAGCUGACAGGAAACAAAAAUAGAGCAUGUCACCAAGUGAUUUACGUGUUAGAUAUACUUUAAACGUAAUAUGAUCUGUGGCAACACAUAUAUCGUUAUGAAUUUUGAAUUUAUUAAAAUUGAAUCCUAUUACCA